AUGGAUAAGACGAUCUUAGAAAACGGAGAAACAGUUGCCGACGGAUCGAUUUGUGGAUACGAUUCGCUUCAUCAACUCUUAUCCGCGAAUCUGAAGCCUGAGCUCUAUCAGGAGGUAAGCAGAUUGCUCCGCGGAAGUAACUGUGGUAAAUCGCUUGAACAGAUUGUUUUGCCAGAUUCUGCAAAAGCCCUCUCUUCAAAACAUGAUUUUGAUCUCCAGGCUGUUAGCUUUUCAGCUAAUAAAGAGCAAAUGAGAAAGCCUCGAGCGGUCAGAGUCGGUCUCAUUCAAAACUCCAUUGCUCUUCCAACCACAGCUCCAUUCUCCGACCAAAAAAGUGGAAUCUUCGAGAAACUAAAGCCAAUCAUCGACGCCGCAGGUGUUGCCGGUGUUAACAUACUCUGCUUACAGGAAGCAUGGACUAUGCCGUUUGCAUUUUGCACAAGGGAGAAGAGAUGGUGUGAGUUUGCAGAGCCUGUUGAUGGAGAAUCAACAAAGUUUCUUCAAGAGCUAGCUAAAAAGUAUAACAUGGUGAUCGUGAGUCCUGUUCUCGAGAGAGAUCUUGAUCACGGUGACGUGCUUUGGAACACCGCUGUGAUUAUAGGGAAUAACGGAAACAUCAUUGGCAAGCAUCGCAAGAACCACAUACCGAGGGUUGGAGAUUUUAACGAGAGCACUUAUUACAUGGAAGGAGACACGGGACAUCCUGUGUUUGAGACGGUGUUUGGUAAAAUUGCUGUUAACAUAUGUUAUGGAAGACAUCAUCCUUUAAACUGGUUAGCUUUUGGUCUGAAUGGUGCUGAGAUUGUCUUUAACCCUUCAGCAACUGUUGGUGAACUCAGUGAACCAAUGUGGCCUAUUGAGGCACGUAAUGCUGCGAUAGCAAACAGUUACUUUGUCGGAUCGAUAAACCGAGUUGGAACAGAAGUGUUCCCCAAUGCUUUUACGUCAGGAGAUGGUAAACCGGAACACAAAGAUUUCGGUCAUUUCUAUGGAUCGAGCCAUUUCUCUGCACCGGAUGCUUCUUGCACGCCGUCUUUGUCUCGUUACAGAGAUGGUUUGUUGGUAUCGGAGAUGGAUCUCAAUCUCUGCCGGCAGUACAAAGAUAAAUGGGGAUUUAGAAUGACUGCAAGAUAUGAAGUCUAUGCUGAUCUUUUGGCUAGUUACGUAAAGCCAGACUUUAAGCCUCAAGUCGUCUCUGACCCAAUGCUCCACAAGAAUUCUUCAUAA